GCUUCUCGCCAAGUGUGAUCUUAGUCGAGGUCGAACAUUCCUGCUUCAUUUUAUACUGUUUUGUUUAUUUUUUAAUAUCUAGAACUUGUCUGCUUGGAUAGUUCUUUUGGAAGCGUUCAAAAGGGGCGAGGCUCUUUUCAUGUGUUCCAAUUCCGAAUUUGUGAUCCCUUUUCUGUGUGCGUUUGUGAGCAACCCAUCGAUCUUUGCUGAUGUUUACCAAGCUUUCGGAGGCAUAGAACUGGGUUUAAUUCUUAAGUGGCAGGCAUGAUGCUGUUUUGGUGAAACAGUUUGCCGCAAACUGUUGUGCAGCGUUGUUUCUGUUUCGUGGAGGGUGGUUAUUUUUUCGUGUGUUGUAGACGGUUUUGAUCUUUCUUCGCAUCAUGCCUCGCCUGGACCGUGUCGGGGCAGCGCUCUGGGCGGUUGGGAGCUCUGCCGUCGAAACUUACAGAACCCGAUCCGUGGGUGCCGAGGUGAGUCGGGAUGGUAUUGCAGUUGGCACCUCGGCGGAUGGGAGAUCAGGGAGGAAAUUGCCCGGUGAGCAGACUGAGCUUCACGAGGUUCUCUCUUCUCUCAUCCAAGGAGUAUAUGCGACUGACCGUGGCUUAAAAGACGCUCAUCUCUUCUACGAGGCCUUAGGGUAUGAGCAGGAAACCUUGGAAGACGAGCACCCUGACGACGAUAUUGCCAAAGUUGGUAACCCGAGUUGCAAGAUCCGACUCAUGGUCUUCCGGCGACGAGACCUAGCACAGCUCCAAGACCAGGCGGGUGCUGCUCAUAACGACACUGUCGAAUCCAAAGUUUCGUUGAAAAUGGCUCGUGAAAGCGAAGCCCAAGCUUGUCAUUCAAACUCAACGCCGAAAGCAGAGUUUUUGCCAAAGUAUGUGGUGGCGAUCCGCGGCACUCGGAAGUACUGCCAACGAGACAUCAAAGCCGACCUCCAGAUCAUGUUGGAGACGUUGCACCACAACACUCUGUAUGACAUCGUGAAGAGCAUGACCAGGCGCGUCGUGGAGAAGCACCCCCACGACAGCGUUUGGGUGGCAGGUCACUCGCUAGGCGCCGCAAUCGGGCUCAUCGUCACUCGGGAGCUCGCGCUCGAAAACAUGCCCGUCGAGACUCAUCUCUUCAAUCCUCCGUUCCUGUCCUUGGAAACUCUACUUGAAAAGGCUACUCUCCUCGCAUCUAAGGGCCUCAACAAGCUAAACCGGGCCUUCAAAGCAGGCACCGAGGGGAUGCCAGCCAACCUGCAGUCAGCGCAUGACUAUGCACGCUCGAGCCGCAUCAUGAAGCUCGCGAGGGAGAAGAAGGCGAAACUAGACGCGAAGUACCUCGAAACCAUGACACCCGACUUCAUCAAGCUGGAGAAAUGGUCACCGCACUUGUACGUGAACCCGUAUGAUCCCAUCUGUAAUGGCUACAUCCACUACUUCCGCAAACAAAACCUAUUCUAUGGCGGUUUAGAAACACAAGCCAUAUCUCUCACUUCCGGAACGUUGCGGAGGUUCUUUACCUUGGACUCCCACUCCUAUCACUUGAUCCCUUCGGCGAUUCUCCACAUCAAUCACCGAGGAGACACAAACGUGCUAGAGUCCCAUCCGCUUCACCAGUGGCACGAGUAUCCAACCAUCAAUCUACAGCACGAGAAGCACGAUCUCCUGGACGAAUUAGCAUCCGAGGAUCACGAUCACGGUAAUAUAGCAUCUCACAUCGAUGAACUCCGCGUUACAACCACAGUUUCAUCAACUGUACAGACUCCAAUCCUCGUUCCCGAUUGACGAGUCACCCUGCAGCUCGGCGAAUGAAUAUUGCACAAAUAUUUGUGUAAAUACGUAGCCACACAUGCUGAUCCUUACAAGCCAGAUUCCUAAAGAUGCACACUUGGACUGUGUAUUCCAGUCUGCGCACUAGGUCAAGCCCAGCAAGCACCAGUUUGUGGUAUUGGGAGAAUUAUUCCGUAUAGUACACUAGUCUCUUACAUAGAAUACAAUCUACUAAAUAUUGACCUUAAACGAACAGUUGUGACUCUUGGUGUCUUGGUGUCACUCAUGUGCGCACAAUAUACUGUAUAACAUUGAUCAUAUAUUAAUACAUAUAAUGUUUCCAACAUGGUAUCAAAGCUA